AUGAGGGAUCCAAUUUCCAUUCGCGUAGAGAAGACGUCACUGGCGAGAUUCUACUUCGAGUGCCCAAACUGCACUGAGGAGCUGAUAAUAAAGACGAAUCCACAAAAUUCAGAUUAUAUUGUAGAAUCUGGGGCAACUCGUUAUUAUGGUCCCUGGCAUGCAGUUGCAAACGACUAUGUUUGA